CUCUCCUGUCGAGUGUCGUCUUUGGCUUUCGUCGCGCGCGGUCUCCCUUCAAUUUGUGUUCUUGGCUCACUCGCAGCAUCAUGGCGGCUCCUGCUAGCGGAUCGCUGACCAAGGGCACCAAUCUGACAUGGCACGCGUCCACGGUCUCUGAAGAGGACAGGAUCAAAUUGACAGGCCAAAGAGGUGCAACGAUAUGGCUCACGGGCCUGUCAGCGUCUGGCAAGUCGACCAUUGGCGUCGCCCUCGAGGCUGCUCUGCUUCAGCUUGGCAAGAGAGCUUUCCGGUUAGACGGCGACAACAUCCGGUUCGGCCUCAACAAGGACCUGGGCUUCUCCGUACAAGAUCGAAACGAGAACAUACGACGUAUUGGCGAGGUGUCCAAGCUUUUCGCUUCUUCGUCUACACUCGCCAUCACAGCUUUCAUCUCGCCCUACAAGGCCGACAGAGAGACUGCGCGCAAGAUUCACGAAGAGUCCAAGCUGGCGUUCAUCGAAGUCUUUGUCGAUGCGACGCUCGAAGAAGUAGAGAGACGCGAUCCCAAGGGACUCUACAAGAAAGCGCGAGCAGGCGAGAUCAAAGAGUUUACGGGCAUCACGGCGCCCUACGAAGCGCCCGACAAGCCAGAGGUGCACAUCAAGACGAACGAUACCUCUGUAGAAGACGCGGUGAAGCAGCUAGUCAAGUAUCUAGAGGACAACAAGUUUAUCUGACCGCCAAUGCAUGCUCUGUAUGAUGCCGUCUGCUUGGAUGCGCCUCCUGGU